AUGGCGGAGACCACCCCAUCCCGUCCCCCUCAGAAGCUGCAGGGGUCUCCGGCCCUCCCAGCUGGGGUGGCCGCCCUCCCGUCUGACCUGCGACGUGUCCCCAGCUCAGCUGGUCCAUCCUGGGCCUCCACCGCCUCCAUCGCCACGGACGGCGACCCCGGCGGUGCCCCAGGUCCCCUGCUCCUUCCGGACAGGGGGGAAGCCGCCUCCUCCUCCUCCUCCUCAUCCCGACUUCAUCGCCUCACCGUCAGGGUCGUCGAGGCCCGAAACCUUCUCGAGGGAGACCUGUGGAGCGAGGCCGACCCGUACGUGGUCCUGCGGCUGCCUCUGGCCUCCGGCGCAAAGCUCCGGACCAAGACCAUCGCCAACUCCAGUCACCCUGUCUGGAACGAGACCUUCCACUUCCAGAUCCAGAGCCUGGUCAAGAACAUCCUGGAGCUGCAGAUCUAUGACGCCGACUCGGUCUCGAGCGACGACGCCCUCUUCACCGUCCUUUUUGACGUGGCCGAAGUCCAGGCCGGUCAGCUCCUCCGACGGACCUUCUCUCUCAAUCCCCCGGGGGCGGCGGAGCUGGAGGUGGAGUUCCUGGUGGAGGAGACGACGGAUCCCCCCGAAAACCUCCUCACCAACCAUGUCCUCGUGGCCCGGGAGCUGACCCGCCUGGACGUGCGGCUGGACGGGGAGAGCAGCGCGGUGACUCCAUCAGACCACCUGGAGCUGACGCUGGAGGGAUCUUACGAGGGACGCCGGGACGUUGCCCUGGGCCCGGCCCCCGCCGGCCCCCUCCACUUCCACUACGUGACGUCGCGGGAGAUGGAGCUGAGUGGGCGGCUGAGGAGCGGCAGCGAUGACAGCGGAGGGGGCGAGGAAGACCCAGCCAGCAUCCUGACUGUCCCCCUGGGGUCCCUCUGCCAUGGGGCGGAGGUGACAACCUCAAUUCCUGCCCCGAACGACACGGCGCUGAGGCUGAAGCUCAAGGUUGACGACUGCCCCGGGGAGCCCUCCGUGCGGCUGGGCUUCGGGCUGUGCGCGGGGGAGCGGGCCUUCCUCAGCCGGAGGAAGCGGGUGGUGGCCAAGGCCCUGAAGCGCCUUCUGCAGCUGGAGGAGGAUCUGCCCGAGGACCAGGUCCCGGUGGUCGGGGUCAUGGCCAUAGGCGGGGGGGCUCGGGCCAUGACCUCCCUGUACGGCCACCUCUCGGCCCUCAAGCACCUGGACCUGCUGGACUGCGUCACCUACAUCAGCGGCACCUCGGGCUCCACCUGGACCAUGGCCAGCCUGUACGGGGACGCCGACUGGUCGCAGAAGGACCUGGAGAAGCCCAUCGGCCACGCCCGCCACCACAUGACCAAGAGCAAGCUGGACGCCUUCUCGCCCUCUCGCCUGCUCGGCUUCCAGAGGGAGCUGGGGCGGCGGGCCGAGCAGGGCCACCCGCCGUCCUCCGUCGACCUGUGGGGCCUGGUGCUGGAGUUCCUGCUGAAUGGCCAGGUGUGAACCGAACAGAAGCUGUCAGACCAGCGGCGGGCGCUGGAUCGGGGCCAAACCCCCUCCCCCUCUACCUGGGCCUCACGUCAAGAGAACGACCGGGGUCCCCUUGACUUCAAGGAGUGGGUGGAGUUCUCCCCCUACGAGGUGGGCUUCCUCAAGUACGGCGCCUUCGUACCGCCCGAGCUCUUCGGCUCCGAGUUCUUCAUGGGGCGGCUGAUGAAGCGGCUGCCCGAGUCCCGGAUCUGCUUCCUGGAAGGCCUCUGGAGCAACGUUUUCUCCGUGAACCUGCUGGACGCCUGGUACGACCUGACCUGCUCGGACGAGGCCUGGAAGGAGCACAUCCGGAACAAGAUCGGGAACAUCGAGAAGGAGCCGCCCGGGUCCCGCCGCCCGGAGGGGUCCUGGCUGCGCGGGAGAGACGCUGGCCCGGCCCUGCGGGGCUUCCUGACCGGGCGGCCGCCUCAAACCACCAACAGCCCAAACUUCCUGCGGGGCCUCCAGCUGCACCGUGGCUACUGCGGUCACCGGGACUUCUGUACUUGGAAAGACUGCCAGCUGGACUCCGUCCCCACCCGGCUGACCCCGCAGCAGCCUCGGCUCUGCCUGGUGGACGCCGCCUACUUCAUCAACACCAGCUGCCCCCUGCUGCUGCGGCCCGGCCGGGGCCUGGACCUCAUCCUCUCCUUCGGAUACGCCCUCAACUCGCCCUUCGAGGCGCUGGAGCAGACGGAGCGCUACUGCCGUGAACAGGGGAUCCCCUUCCCCGCCGUCAAGCCGACCCCCGAGGAGCGGCUCCGGCCCCGGGAAUGCCACGUCUUCUCGGACCCCGCCUGCCCGGACGCCCCCGUCGUGCUGCACUUCCCCCUGGUCAACGACUCCUUCCGCCACCACUCGGCCCCCGGAGUCCGGCGUAGCCCAGAGGAGCUGGCGGGCGGCCAGGUGGACCUGGAGGGCUUCCUGUCCCCGUACUCGCUGCUGAACGUGACCUACAGCGAGGAAGACUUCGACCGGCUGCUGCGUCUCAGCCAAUACAAUGUGCGCAACAGCCGCCCCAUCAUCCUGCGGGCCCUGAGGUCUGCCCUGGGCCGCCGCCGCCGUCCCUGAGCGGGGACCCCCGCUGGCCUUGAGCCGGGACCGUCGGCUGGCUCUCGACGCGAACCCCGGCCAGCCCCGAGCGGGGACCCGCCCCAGCCCUAGGACCCGUCCGGAGCAAGGGAAGUGGCUCUGGGCUUCAGAAAUCCUCCGUUCUUGAAUCCUUCCGCCGCCCGGCAGGAGGCUGGGGGGCCGGCCCGGGACUCGGGCCCGAUAGCUAUCCAGGCUCUCAGCCCCUGCAGCUGGCCAGUAGCCGAAUCUACCUCCCGCAGCCCGGGCCUUCGGGGUCCUUCAUUCAUUCAGUAGUAUUUGAGCGCUUACUAUGUGCAGAGCACUAGACUGACGUUUCCCUGCCCUACAUGAGGCCAGCCCCACCUCGUCCCGGCUGCCGGCCGCGCACCGUGGCCUUGUCCUCCCUCUGUUCACCCGAGGGCCAGAGCCACCGGUCACGGACAUGAGCCCUUUCUGAGGGGUGGAAGGAACCCAGCCCGGGGACCAUCCUCCCGCCUCUCCCGCUCCUUGCAACUGUUGCCGAGACCCCUAACCUUUCCCCAGCAGCAGGACCCCCCACCCCAUUUCUGCCACCACUUUGUGAGUAUGUAUGUGUGGUUGGUCCGGCCACGGGUGCCUCGGCGGUAGGGUCCCUCAGCUCCGGAUGGGGCCCCGGGUCCGGACUGCAGCCCCCUCCCUACUGUCAGACACUGGAGACCUCGGACUCUUCUCCACUUCCAGGGGGAUGUUGAAAUCAAGGAGAAGCAGCACGGCCUAGUGGAUGGGGCACGGGCCUGGGAGUCAGAAGGACCUGGCUUCUGAUCCCGGCUCUGCCACUCGUCUGCUGCGUGACCUCGGGCAAGUCACUUCACUUCUCCGGGCAUCAGUUGCCUCAGCUGUAAAAUGGGGAUUAAAGCUGUGUCCAACCA